CUCCCAUCAGCUGUUUUUGUUUUGCAGUGUGAAUGUUGAAAGUUAAUAACACAAUAAUAACACUGUCGACUCACUAAAGUGAAGCGGCUGGCUAAGGAGGUGGAAUCGUCUACCUUUUGCGCUGUUCAGAUUCGGUAUAGUUCACUCGGUGUGUAAUGUGUGCUACUUGAGCCAGACUGCCCGGACAUUCCUCUCCCUGAAGAGUGUGAGCGUGGCGCUUGGAGUCGGGGAGCAGAGGAGGGGAAGCGGGGAAUCGACCCGAGCCCAAGGCCUCCGACCUCGGCCAGCGAGAGGAGAGCGAAUUAGACGGCUCGGAUGGAGUCCCAGGAGGCACCGGACGGGCCCGAAAUGCACCGAGGCUUCAUCUGUGCCUCGUUUAACCAGGACACCACUUCUCUGUCAGUGGGCACCAAGACUGGCUACCGGCUCUUCUCAGUCACUGCUGUGGACAAACUGGACUGCAUCCAUGAGGGAGUUGAGUGUCCGGACGUGUAUAUAGUGGAACGACUAUUCUCCAGCAGUCUGGUGGUGGUGGUCAGUCUGUCCAUGCCACGGCGAAUGAACGUCUACCACUUCAAGAAGGGUACAGAGAUUUGUAACUACAGUUACUCUAACAACAUCCUCUCUGUCAGGCUCAACAGACAGCGGCUGGUGGUGUGCUUGGAGGAGUCGAUCUACAUCCACAAUAUUAAAGACAUGAAACUACUCAAGACCCUGCUCAACACACCCAGCAACCCCUCAGGUCUCUGCGCUCUCUCCAUUAACCACAGUAACUCCUACCUGGCGUACCCUGGCAGUGCUACUAUUGGAGAAAUCACAAUCUAUGAUGCCAACAACCUGAGCACCGUGACGCUGAUUCAGGCCCAUGACAGUCCCUUGGCAGCUCUCACCUUCAAUGCCUCUGGCACCAAACUGGCCAGCGCUUCAGAGAAGGGUACUGUUAUCAGAGUCUUCAGCGUUCCUGAGGGGCAAAAACAGUUUGAAUUCCGGCGAGGGAUGAAGAGAUAUGUUAGUAUCAGUUCAUUGUCCUUCAGUGCAGAUGCCCAGUUCCUGUGUGCGUCCAGCAACACUGAGACGGUCCAUAUCUUUAAACUGGAGCAGCACAGUCCCAAUCAAGAGGAGGAGUCUCCUACAUGGUCAGCGUACGUGGGUAAAAUGUUCACAGCGGCCAGCACCUAUUUACCCACCCAGGUGUCCGACAUGAUGCAUCAGGACAGAGCCUUUGCAACUGUGCGACUCAACAUGUUUGGCCUGAAGAACAUCUGCGCCCUGGCUACGAUUCAGAAGCUCCCUCGCCUGCUGGUGGCGUCCUCAGACGGGUAUCUCUAUAUCUAUAAUGUGGAUCCACAGGAUGGAGGCGAGUGUGUCCUAGUCCAAAAACACAGGCUGUUUGACUCCAGUGAGGAGCAAGUGGAACAGAAGGAAGAGGAGAAACCAGAGGAUGUCUCUCCCCAACCAGCCAGCCAAUCAUACGCUGCCACAGUGGCACUCCCUUCAACCCCACCCUCCUCCACCACCCUCAUGGGCUACUCUGAAGAUGGUGGAGCCCAGAAGGGCGAGGUCAUCCCCGAGCAUGAAUUCGCUGAAGGCCCCGUCUGUCUGGAUGAUGAGAAUGAGUUUCCACCAGUCAGCAACCAGAGUAACUGACCAACCACCCCCCCAUCCCGUGAACCCUCCCAUCCCUGCGUAACAAUCAGACUCACUUGUUUCAAGCAGGGAGGAUGGACAAAAAUAUUUCUGACGUGUUGAGACAUUGUGGUACCCCCACCCUCCCCCAUGUACCCCUGCUGGCCUAGGGUCAAAACGCAACAGAGUGCCACUUCCUGGUGUUUCUGUAAUCUGCAUCCCUCUCACUUUUUGUAAGGAAUAUAAACAUAAAAAAAAAAAAAAACACUAAGAAGAGAGUGGAAGGCCCACUCUUUAUAAAAAAAAAAACACAUUCAGAACACUUUAAGCAGCUUGCUCAGGCAGAUUCAAAGCCUGUCUGAAAAGUCCCACCGUACCAUAUUAUGCCACAAAACCAAAUUAAUCCUUUUUUAAAUAAUGACCUGACAUCACAGUAACAUUAUUGUUGCACAAUAUUAUCAUGGUAGCAACCAGAUGCACAUGUAAUUGGCCCAGUAGAGUACAAGUGAGCAGAAUGAACAUACAAGGUAUUAGGGGAGACAACACACGGGCCUGGCCUGCAGCCAUUGUAAUGAGUAACUAGGCACCAGAUUCACAAAAAUGCUCUUACGAAAGAUACUAAGAACAGCUUUUUACAAGCCAGUUGGCUAUAAUCUGAAUAGUCUAAUCUUUUAAGUAUGUGUCACUUACAAAUAUUUGAAAUUAGCACCUGAAUAUCUAUCAUCAGGGCAUUUUUGUCAAUCAGACCCCAGGAUGCUGGGAUCUUAUCAAUGGGCAUUAAAUGUGUCACACUGCAAGAGAGAGGAGCAGCAGUUCACUCAAGAAGGAAAAGAUGUCAGUGUGAUACACUAAAAAAAUCAUGAUACAUGCAGUAAGUAUUAUAUGACUUGCAGAUGCAGCUGCGAUACUAAUUAUAGUCGCAAUAGAUGAGACUAAAAACCUGCAGAGUCACAAACGUAACCCGAUAAUAUAUCUGGAAGAGUCGACUCUGCGGGAGGUGCAGUCAACGGCUAAAUGUGAGAAGCUUGACAACGAGCUGUACGUGACAGAGUUACAGGUCCGUGAAUUUCAGUGAUAUCCUGAAGACCUUUUUAUUUUACUACAUGAUGCCGAAUAUGUUAACAUGUAAGUCAUAGUCAUUUUUACUUUGAUGUAUUAAAUGUUCUUUUGCAAAAAUGUUUUAAGUAUUACACAUCAACGCAUAGACUUACCAUGCGUAAAUAUAUAUUGAGGAUUUUUACUGUGUGUAUAAUGUAUAUAUAACAUUUAUAUAUAGUACUGUCGUAAUAAGUAACAUGGUAAUACCAUUUGAGUUGCCAAAAGGUGGCACUGUUAGCACACCCCUACGCUGCAUUGA